UGCGAGGGGCAUAAAAUCUAACCUGAAAAAUACGAACCAUUAUCCAGGCGGUGUCAAAGUUAAGAAUCGAAUUCCAAAGUGCAAUUUUCUUCCAGGUUGGCGUCGUUGAGCAAUGUCUGCUCCUAGUCUCGAGGGCAACCUCUUCUUCUCCCCCCUCACAGAAUCCUCCCAAAAAUAGAAAGCUUAGGAGGCAACAAAGGAUAGGAGAUUACCCCAUUUCUCUUCUUUUUUGCGUUUCCCGUGGCCGUAUCAUGCCCAGGCUCGUGGAUUGGUGCUGGUUCAUUUUCCUCUGGCGAAAUUGGUUUCGGGCCGCCAAGAAUCGGAGAGGCGUCCAGAUUCGGCAACAGGAAGCAUCCACGAGCCUCGACUAUUAUCUUGUCGAAUUGGGCCAACAUUUUGGGGAAAUCACCUCAACAGAUUUUGGUCUCAAGAUCAGCACUUUGGGGAGGAGAACCAAGCGAGGGAUUGGUGCUCGAUCCUUGGGCGCUAUUGAGGUGCCAAUCCCCAUCGGGGAGCAAUGGCCGGUUCAGUGAGGAAUUAGGGAUCAAUUAAGCGAGCAAAAUAUAUAGGAUGAGGUGGCCGAGGAGCAGAUUGAAAUGGCUCCUCAGCGCAUGCCUCAUUUCUCUCCUGCUCCUCACGCUCACAGACUGUGACGGGCUGCGGCUCGUCGCCGCAGUCAGGAAGAACUCAUUGUGGCCACCACCAUCUCCCCCUCCAUCUCUUCCAAGCCGAAUAGGUGAUGAAUUGGUGGAACAAUUAUGGGUGAAUUGUGGUUUAGACAGGAUAGUUCUUCACAGUGUUAAAAAUCAGUCUUAUUACACCUAUCUAUGCAACAUUAUCAGCAAUUCAUACAGAACAAAUGAAAAGAUCAAGGAACGAAUGACCACUACUUUGUCAGCAGAAGUUGCCAAUACUUUUCUGGACUGCUUAAGUGAGCAUAGUUUCCCUUUACCACGAGGUGUCUCUGGGAACAAGCAGGAGGAUGACGAAGAGUCAGGAAUUCCCAGCUCCAAUAAUUUCAGUCCCCCUUUUUCAUCAAGAAGAAGAUAUCUACUUGAACAAACUUCAACAACACAAUAUUCUUUGUCACAGCCAGAAAAAGUUGCAAUUACGAGUGUUUUGUCUUCCGAAGCAGAGACUCGUCCACUAGUCACAACUAUUAAAAAGUCUUCUAAAUCAGGGGCAGCGGACGAUGAUUCUGGUUCUACUGUUGUCUUGGCAGUCGGUGCUAUCGCAUUGGUGGCUAUUAUCGGUCUGGUCUUCUGGGCUUGCCGUGGAAGCGAAGAUUUAACAUCACCAUAUGAUGAUAAACCACUCCUGAGUUUGAGCGACCUAUCAGGUUCUUCUCGUAAGUCUUGCGCUACCCCGAUCGAUGUCAGUAGGUUGGGAGCAUUGCCACGCAGUCCAUCAUCUGAGAGCAAACAGACAGAUGAAUUUUCAUCGGUACAGCCAUCCAGGAAGUUGCAUACAGCACAGCCAUCCAGGAAGUUGAAGUCAGCAGGAGCGAUGUCAAUGAAGCAAGAACUGAUCGAGAGACACAGCAGGAUGGCCUCGCACGAAAUAACGACCAUCGCUGGACAACCAACAGUCGCUAACUCCACAGCAGAGAAGGCUGGAGUUUCUUCUGCUACCAGCAGCACAGUUGCACCUGCAGGUCCACCACCACCACCACUUCCAGAUUUUCAUCAGAAGGCUACUCCACCUCCUCCUCCAAAUCCACAGGCUCCUGGCACACCACCUCCACCACCUGCACCCGGUGUACCACCUCCACCACCACCACCAGGUGCACCUGCACCACCACCACCACCACCACCAGGUGCCCCUGCACGUGCAUCUGCACCACCACCACCACCAGGUGCCCCGGCACCUGCACCUGCACCUGCACCACCACCACCGCCACCAGGUGCACCUGCACCACCACCACCACCAGGCGCAGCAGCAGCACCAGCAGCUCCAGUACCACCUCCAAAGCCAGGCGCUGCACCUUCUCCAGGGCCACCACCACCUCCUGCUCCAAGGGCUGCCGGAGCCGGACCUGGACCUCCACCACCACCGCUAAAAGGUGGACCACCUGGAGCUGGACCUCCGCCACCAGCAAUGCCUGGUGGUCCAAAAGGACGUGGACCGCCGCCGCUUAAGAAGGCAGGAGGUGCACCUCCAAUUGCAGAUUCUUCAAAAACAAAGUUGAAACCCUUCUUCUGGGAUAAAGUCACUGCAAGUGCAGAUCAAGCAAUGGUGUGGGAUCAAAUUAAAGCAGGAUCCUUCCAGUUUAAUGAGGAGAUGAUCGAAACUCUUUUUGGUUGCAACCCUGUUGACAAGAAAGGUAAUGAUGGCAAAAAGGAGCCAGCAAAGGAGGUUCCUCAAUUUGUUAGGAUACUCGAUCCUAAAAAGGCACAAAAUUUAGCAAUAUCACUGAAGGCACUCAGCAUUUCAGCUGAAGAUGUACGUAUAGCAGUUACAGAAGGGCACGAACUCCCCUCCGAUUUGAUACAAACCUUGCUAAGGUGGACUCCAACUAGCGAUGAGGAGCUACGGCUUCGACUAUAUACCGGAGAGAUGACUCAACUUGGUCCUGCAGAGCAAUUCUUGAAGACCAUCAUUGACAUCCCUUACAUUUUCCAGCGCCUGGAGGUGCUGCUUUUGAUGGCCAGUUUGCCGGAAGAGGCUGCGGGUGUAAAACAGUCAUUUGAAACCUUAGAGGUGGCCUGCCAAGAGCUUAGGUACAGCCGUCUUUUCAAGAAGCUACUGGAGGCGGUACUUAAAACAGGCAACCGGAUGAAUGAUGGUACCUUUCGAGGGGGAGCGCAGGCCUUCAAACUUGACACCCUUCUGAAGCUUGCUGAUGUUAAGGGGCUAGAUGGCAAGACAACGCUGCUGCAUUUCGUCGUCCAGGAGAUCAUCCGCUCGGAGGGUGUCCGCGCUGUGCGGGCUGCAAAGGAGCAGAACAGCAGCAUCUCAAGUGUGAGCAGUACCGACGAUCUCACCGAGGAUGUCAGCGACGACACAGAGCACUACAAGCAGUUGGGCCUUAAUGUGGUUUCCAGCCUGGGGGAUGACCUCCAGAACGUCCGCAAGGCAGCAAUCUUGGACGCGGAUGCGCUAACCAUCACGGUGGCGAGCCUAGGGCAUAGGCUGGUGAAGGCGAACGAGUUCCUGAACACGGGCCUGAAGAGCUUGGACGAAGAAAGCGGGUUUCAGUGCAAGCUGGUCCAGUUCAUAGAGCAGACCCAGGUGCAGGUGACCCACCUGUUGGAGGAGGAGAAGAAGCUGCGGGCGCUGGUGCGCUCCACCGUGGAUUACUUCCACGGCAGCACCGGAAAGGACGAGGGCCUGCGUCUGUUUGUCGUCGUGCGUGAUUUCCUGGCGAUUCUGGACAGGGUGUGCAGGGAGGUGAAAGAGGCAGCAGCCAAAGCAGCCGCUGAAAAAAAGAAGGCAGCGGCAGCAGCAGCACCAGCGCCAGCGGCAAGGGGCAAGCAGCCAUCGCAGUCAUCGCUCUCCUUCCGCGACCCUCGGCAGCAUCUGAAGCCGGCGAUCCAAGGCCGGAGGGCCAAGGCACAAAGCAGCUCCAGCUCCUCUGAUUCUGAUGACUGACAGGCACAUACAUAGCUGCCUAGGCUAGCUACAUCAAUAUAUCAUGUCAAAGGUACCUCAUGCAUGGACGACAACAGCAUAUGUAUACCUAGGCAGGAAGGAACGGCUUUGACCUUUACUAUGUAUGUAUGUAUGUGUAUGUAUCAUUCUUCAUCUCAUGUCCACUUGUUAGAGCGAUGGGGGAUGAGAUCGCAGCAUAGGUAGCAGGCUAGUCAAGGAAUGUGGAUGGUAGGUCAGUUCAAUUGGUUGCUUGUAAUCUAAUGUCAUGUAUCUAUCUACUUUUACUUAGUUUUCUUUUCCCCACUAAUUAUACCUGGUUGUCUAUUUCUA